AUGGAAACGGAUACGUUGGCUUGGGAUGUGGACUUGGAUGAUAAUUCCGUCUUUUGGAAUACUCUUUGGAAGCUAUGUGCUCCUCCGAAAGUGAAAGACUUGUUAUGGCGUGCUGCUACUAACUGUCUACCUACGAAAUCCAGACUUCGUUCUAUAUAUGUGCCUAUUGAUACCAUCUGCACUGUCUGCAAAGUAACUGAUGAAACCAUCUACCAUUUCUUGGUGGAUUGCUCUUUUGCCAAAGCGUGUUGGCAACAGUUGACUGCUGGUGUUAAUUUAACGGCAGUUCUUUUGCCAACUGCUCAAGCUUUACUCGCAGAUUGGACUCAGGCUCAAGAUUUGACAUUUAAUCUUACGGUUGCAUUCCUUACUGAUGUCAAUGGUGCUGAAACUUGGGCUAAACCAGCUGAAAACAUCUUGAAGAUUAAUGUAGAUGUUGCCAUUUUUUCAGAAACUGCAACUUAUAGCUUUGCAAGGGUGAUUAGGGAUGAAACUGGCGCAUUGGUGGAAGCUUUUACCUGCUGUCGGUCAGGGGUGUUGCAACCUGAAAUGGUGGAAGCUUUGGGUGUUAAGGAGGCACUGAGUUGGGUUAAACGGAAAGAUUGGAGGAAGGUUGUCAUUGAAACUGAUAGUCUUACUGUGGUGCAAGCGUUACGUAGCUCUAUUCCUAUGGUGUCAUACUUUGGGAGUAUUAUUUCUGAUUAUAAGAUGUUGUUAAAUGACUUGCAAGAUGUGUAUGUCAAUUUUAUUAGACAUUCUGCAAAUAGUGUUGCUCAUUUCUUAGCUCGAGCAUCCUAUUUAGUUGCUGAUCGUGUUAUCAGGAGUAGUGAUGUUACCUCAAAUUUUAAUCAUGUAAUCACUAUGGAGUGUAAUUAA